UGGGCAGAGGAAAGUUUCGCACGCUCGGCUCGGGGCGCCACGCCCCUCCCUCCUGCCGGUCUUGCCACCCGGGUCCAGAGGACAGUUCAGGACCCGGCGCGGCGCCCCGGGGGACCUGCACGGGCUUCGGCUUCCAGGCGGGCGCGCCCGAGCGGCGAGCUGCGAUGAUCCCCGAGGAGAAGCAAGACGGCCCGAGCGCCAGCGAGGAGAGCCCCCGGCUGCAGGCGUCCCGCAGCGUCUGCAAGGGCAGUGACGCCCUGGCGCAGACCCAGCGCGGCCGCCUGCAGAGCUGCAGGGCCCGUAUCCACCAGCAGAUCAGCAAGGAGCUACGGAUGAGGACAGGCGCCGAGAACCUCUACAGGCUGCGUGGGGCUGCGGCCGGCACAUCACCACUGCCCGGCCUCCCCAGAGCCACCAGCAACGCCCAGGUCAGGGAGACAGUAGCCCUGGAGCUGAGCUGCGUCAACUCCAGCCUGCAGCUGCUGAAGGAGGAGCUGGAGGAGCUCAACUGCGACGUGGACACAGAGGGGCCUGGGAGUGAAGGAAUCACUGUCCCCAUGAUCCCCCUGGGGCUGAAGGAGACCAAGGAGCUGGACUGGUCUGCAGCCCUGACGGAACUGAUCUCUCAGCACUUUGGAGAGGACGGCACCUCCUACGAGGCGGAAAUCAGGGAGCUGGCGGACCUGCGGCAGGCCAUGCGCACCCCCAGCCGGAGUGAGUCGGGCCUGGAGCUGCUCCUGGCGUACUACAACCAGCUCUGCCUCCUGGACGCGCGCUUUGUCACCCCUGCCCGGAGCCUGGGGCUGCUCUUCCACUGGUAUGACUCUCUCACGGGGGUCCCAGCCCAGCAGCGGGCCCUGGCCUUCGAGAAGGGCAGUGUACUCUUCAACAUCGGAGCCCUGCACACCCAGAUCGGGGCGCGCCAGGACCGCUCCCGCACCGAGGGCGCCGGCCGUGCGGCGGAGGCAUUCCAGAGGGCCGCUGGGGCCUUCCGCCUGCUGAGGGACAAGUUCUCGCAAGCGCCGAGCCCCGACAUGAGCCCCGCCUCACUGUCCGCGCUGGAGCAGCUCAUGGCGGCCCAGGCCCAGGAGUGCGUCUUCGAGGGCCUCUCGCUGCCGGCCCCUGCGGCGCCCCAGGACUGCUUGGCCCAGCUGCGCCUGGCUCAGGAGGCAGCCCAGGUGGCAGCCCAGUACGAACAGGUGCACAGGACCAUGGCCAGGCCACCAGUCCAAGACUACGUGCCCUUUGCCUGGACCACCCUGGUGCACGUCAAGGCGGAGCACUUCCGUGCCCUGGCCCACUACCACGCAGCCACCGCACUCUGCGAUGGCUCCCCGGCCGAGGCAGAGCUCCUGGCACUGGAGCAGGUCUUCGAGGGGCCCCCAGCCCCAUCGGAGUCCCCGCGCCCCCUACUGCCCCAGGAGCCUGAGGAGCGCAGGAAGCUCGGCAAGGCCCACCUGAAGCGCGCCAUCCUGGGGCAGGAGGAGGCGCUGCGGCUGCACGCCCUGUGCCGCGCCCUGCGCAGGGUGGACCUGCUGCAGGCCGUCCUGGGCCAGGCGCUGCGGCGCUCGCUGGCCAAGUACUCGGAGCUGGACCUCGAGGACGACUUCUUCGAGGCCACCGAGGCCCCUGACAUCCAGCCCAGGACGCGCCAGAGGCCAGAGGUCCGGGCCCCCAGCUUCUCCCGAGUGAAGGUGACUGACAUCUUCCACCGGCUGGGGCCCCUCUCUGUGUUCUCAGUCAGGAACCGCUGGCGGCUGGCCGGGCCCGUCCACGUGACCCGAGGGGAGGGCGGCUUCGGCUUCACACUGCGGGGAGACUCACCCGUGCUCAUCGCUGCGGUCAUUCCCGGGGGCCACGCUGAGGCGGCCGGCCUGCGGGAGGGCGACUACAUCGUGUCUGUGAACGGGCAGCCCUGCAGGUGGUGGAAGCACACUGAGGUGGUGGCCCAGCUGAGGGCUGUGGGUGCCGAGGGCGUGAGCCUGCAGGUGGCCACCCUGCUGCCUGGUGCCGAGCCGCCCGGCACGGGGGACCACCGGCCAGCCCUGCGAGGGCUUCUGAGGAGCCAGAAGGAGUGUGGCUGGGAGCCCGCAGUGCCUGCGAGGGCCAGCCCCAGGCCCCUCCUCGGCUGGAGCCGCAAGGCCCAGCGAGGCCCGCCCGGAGGGAGGCUGUGCCCGGCCCCUUGUCCCCGCGCUGCAGCACCCUCACCCUCCAGCAGCCCCGGGAGGCAGUGAGGGCCGGGCUCCCCACACUGCUGUGCUCUGGCGCUGUCUCCAGCCGACUGGCAGCAGGGCCCCCUCGCAUCCUCCCCCCCCCCCCCGCAGGACCCUCAGGCCAGUCUGCUGCCGGCCCAGCGCCCAUUAAAGACAGUGUCCGAUGAGGAGUGUCUGAGCCCAG